AUGGUGGACAAGAACCACAGCAAUGCUCACCCUUCAGCAUUUACCCUGCUGGGCAUCCCAGGCCUAGCAGCUGCGCAUCGCUGGCUAUCCAUCCCUUUCAGCUCCAUUUACAUGGUCUCCCUGCUGGGGAAUGGCAUGAUCCUCUGGGUCGUAAGCAGCGAGACUGCCCUGCACACGCCUAUGUUCUUGUUCCUUUCCAUGUUGGCUGCCACAGACCUGCUUCUGGCUAGCUCAGUGGCACUCCAGCUGCUCAGAAUUCUCUGGUUUGAUGCCGGGGAGAUCGGCUUUGAUGUCUGCCUGGCCCAAAUGUUCUCUGUGCACUUUUUCUCGGCCAUGGAGUCAGGGACGUUGAUGGCCAUGGCCCUGGACCGGUACCUGGCCAUCUGCUGGCCCCUGCGGUACAGCUCCAUCCUCACCAGUAGCCGGGUGGCCAAGGCUGGGUUGCUGCUGGUGCUUCGUGGAGUGGCCAUCGUGGGCCCCUGCCCUCUGCUGGUGCGCAGACUGUCUUUCUGUGGCUCCAGGGUCAUUGCCCACUCUUACUGUGACCAUAUGGCUGUGGUGAAGCUGGCCUGUGCCAGCCCCACUGUAGACAGUGUGUAUGGCUUGGUCCUCAUCCUCCUGAUUGGGGGCUCAGAUAUGCUGAGCAUUGGGAUGUCCUACGCGCUGAUCCUCAGGACCAUUCUGCGCCUCCCCUCCCAGCAGGCCCAGCUCAAGGCCUUUAGCACCUGCAGUGCCCACAUCUGCAUCAUUCUGACCUUCUAUAUCCCAGGCUUGGUUUCUCUCUUGAUGCACCGUUGCAGACACAGCGUGCCUCCUUCAGCUCAUGUCCUCCUUUCCAAUCUCUACAUGCUGCUGCCCCCAGUGCUCAACCCCAUCGUCUACGGGGUCAGGACCAAGAGCAUCCGGGACCGCUUGCUGCAGGCCUACCAGUGGUGGGACAGAUGGCCUUUCAGGCGCAUGGCUCCGGAGUUCUGA